AUGGCAGAAACGGCCAUUGAGACCACACCGGGCGAUGAAAACGAUGAUAAUUGGUUAUACGGGGAUUCUGGCGGAGAUGCUAACCAAGAAUCCACUGAGGAAACUCAAGAAGUACAAAAAUCGGCCGACGUCGUCGGUGGUGCUGACGAAGAAAAUCAAGAUGAAGAGGAAGGUAACAACGAUUCGGAAUUGAAUGAUGAGCAUUUUGCUGAGGUAACGCGCGAGGAUCAAAAUGGUGACGCUGAUAGCCAAGAGAACGGUGACUCUGACUCGGACGACAGCGAUGACGUCAAAGUCACCAUUGGAGAGAUCAAGUCUGGGUCACAGUAUGCCAGCCUAAACAUAAAAAGGGGAGUUGGCUUGGUAGCUUCUGCAGGGGGACCUGAGAAACCUCGUUCAGUAACUACAACAAGUGGAAAAGUGACAUUAGAGGACUUGGAAGGGCCAGGAAGUAUUAAUGGAGUUCCCGCUUUGGAAUUCAAUAUUGAUACUAUAGAAGAUAAACCUUGGAAUAAGCCGGGUGCUGAUAUAUCAGAUUAUUUCAAUUAUGGUUUUAAUGAAGUAACAUGGAGCGCUUAUUGUGAGCGGCAGCGACGAAUGCGAAUCAACGAAACAGGUGUGGGAAUGCAUAUGGGAUCGGUUCCCCGUCCACCAAUGCCAGACAUGAGGCGCCCCCCAAAUAUUAGACACGAUGAUGGAAUACCACCUCCCAUGACAAAUAACUAUCAGUCCAGAGAAAACACUAUUCAGGUGAUGACAGCGGAGCGACGCGAGUACGGGCGCGGCCACCCCCGCGAGAUGCCGCCGCCGGAGUUCUUCUCUGGGCCGCCCACUGACUACUACCAGCCCCCGCACGCUACAUAUGACGAGCCAUGGGGUAACCCGUUCACAGGACACGGACAGGCACCGGGCGGCUGGACCCCCUCCGACAUCAAGGAGCUGACGCCGGCGCCGGGCGCGCUGCCCCCCGCCGCGCCCCCCACCCUGCCCCCCGCCGCCGCGCCCCUCUCCAUGCACCCCCCCUACGCGCCGCCCUACCGACAAACGCACCCCGCCGACACCAGGGAGCGACACCGCCGAGAUGAUGAGGAUCGAGACCGCGACCGCGACAGGGACCGCGACCGCGAACGCUCCCGCUCCACUAAACCGGAGAGACUGAGGGAAAAAUCAUACAGACGUGACCGAUCGCGUUCGAGAUCUCGCCGUCACAAGUCCCGAUCUCGGUCACCGCGGAUGCGAGAGAGAUCUCGAGACCGUGACCGAUCCAGGGACAGGGACCGAGAUCGAUCUCGAGACCGGGAGCGCAGCAUCAAGCCGAAAAUCAAGGAUAAAGACGAUUGACCUGAACUGUGUACAAGUGUGGCGGACUGCUGUGUAGAACAUUUUCAAAAAAUGAUGUAUUAAAUUUUCAUGAUUAAAAUAAGUAUACGUAGUAAAUAAAUGAUAUUGAA